AGAGUCAGGGGCAGUGUGCGAGAAGGACGGGUCCAGGCAAGGCAUAGCAAUAUUCAUAUUUAGCAACAACAACAACAACCUUUAACGAAGAAAUAUUAUUAUUUCGUUAUGUGAGUAAAAGAUGGAUGAAAUGUGUGCCACCACACAGACACGGAUGAAAACACUGGACUCUGAUGUACAGGAUGUGGCCACGCUUCUCUGGAUGUAUGACAGAUAGUGAAGAAAGGGCAGGUCUAACUAAUCCAUCCUCCUCUUCCCAUCCUGCUACUGGCUGUCUGAAUCUGAUAUUUUCUUGCUGAAAGUAUUACAAUUAUAAAAAUAAUGUAGCAGAAAGCUUAGCCUUGAAGAUAUUUGACCUCUUUUAACUCCAUCUUGCGUGGGUCCGGUGCAUUUCAAGUCUUCAUUUUAGAUGGGGCUCCUGAGCACGACACUUAAGUUCACACUCAUUUGUAAAUGAUUAGACCAAUGUGCCGUGUUUGCCCCCAGUCAGUGACCCCAGCUGUGCAAUCACUUCAGCUUUCUGUCGUAUGUUUGAAGUGAUUUGAUUGACCAUCAGGAUGAACGGCUCUCUUUUAACCCCGCCCAGCCCGCGGGCGGCAAACUCCUCUCCUCUACCUCCUUCCCCCUCCCCGUCUCCAUCCCCUCCAUCUCCCUCCAUGCUGCCUAUGUCGCCCCGGCCGCCCCCUCUCCCCCCUCUGGUUAGCCCUCCACCACAAGCUCACCCAUCCUCCCUGUCAGACACCCCCACCCCCUCCCCCUCGCCCUGCCUGAGUUGGACCGAAUUCUGUGAGCUCCACGCCCGCGUUGCAGCCGGUGACUUUGCACGGCACUUUCGGGCUUUCCUCCUGGAGAACCCCCACUACUCUUCGGACUCGGCGUCCGCCUUCUGCCGGCGCUUUACCGACCGCUUCGUCCGUCACUUCCAGAGUGAGCUGGAGGGGGCGCUCCCGCCGAGCUGUGCUUCUGGGGACGACGACAUGGCGAGCUGGGCUCCCCAGUCAGACGCUACUUCCCUGGAAGAAGAAGCAGUCUCCCCUCUGUCGGCGACUGGGGCCGCUGUCCUCCCGUGCCCCCCCACCAACACAAUGCGGGCUUUAUCCAAGCCAGCACCGGCACGACUGGUGUUAGAGAACCGCGGUGGUGACAGGUUCCAAGAUUCCUACGCCCACACCCAAGUCCUGCCUCCAUCCUCAUCAUCGUCAUGCUGCUCCUCAGUGGGAGGCAACAAUGGGAGGCGUGAGGAGCGGGGUGCCAUGAUGGCUCCGGGGAACGGGGAAGCUCCAGUGGAGGAAGAGGAGGACAGCUGGUUAGGGGUGGCAUCUGUGGGGGAAGACGUGGAGCCAGAGGAGCAGGAGGCAGAGUUGGCGGAGGUGGAUGGUGCAGACCCCUCCUACACUAUUUCACCUUCCUCGUCCUCUCCCCCGCCCGGUAACAGUACGCCCAACUCCUCCAAAAACAAACUGAAGAAGCGCUUUUCUCUGCGGAGUGUGGGGCGUAGUGUGCGGGGGAGCGUGCGGGGCAUCCUGCACUGGCGAAGCUCCUCCAGCGACUCCUCCCAGAGCCAGCUGCCCUCCAGCUACAGCUACACCAUGGGCGUGCAGGAUGCCACGCUGGUGUCAAGCUCAAAGAGGAACUCUGGCACACAGCCUCCUACACCCACCUCCUCCAUGCCCGUUUCCCUCUCCAUGCCCCUCUCCCUUCCCCACUCCUCCUCCUCCUCGCUGCCGCCCUCAUCUUCAAGUAGCGCCACCUCUCUGUCUCUCUCUGAGGCGGCGAGGGAUCGGCGGCGGAGCAACGGCGAGGGAUGCGAGAAGGAAAAGUGGAGCCAUCGUCUUGAGAAGCUCAGACUGUCACGAUCCCCUCCCCCUCUCCUCACUCCGACCAACGCCGGCCCUCACUCCGGCUCCUCUACGCUGCCACCCAGCAGCGCCGCCGCAGCCGGCAUGGGACCCCCCAGGAAGGUGGGCCGGCUGGUGCGGGAGGGUGGGGUGAGUGUCAGUUCAUCCAAUGACGAGCUAAGCGGAAGCCACGGCUUCUCCGGCUUCUCCUUUGGGCUGCUGCACCACGGUACGGACAACAACAACGCUGCCUCUGGAUCCUCCGCUGCCGCUCAGGGGGGGGUGCAGCCGCUGGCCAGCGGGGGGAACGUCCCUUGGAGAGGAGGACGCUGGCAUAAGUGUCGUCUGGUCCUCAAAGAGAGGGACCGGGAAGGGGGGGAGCGAGGAGAGGAGUACUACCUGGAAUUCUUCAUUCCACCUAAAGUAAGUUUGGGAAAUUGA